UCAAUGGAAGCAGCAAAGGAUCCAAAAACUAGCUAAAUGGUUGGAGACGCGUAAUGGUUGCCAGUUUUUGUCGAUAUUUAUGUAAAUAUAUAUAGUAAAUUAAAGCUUUAAUGUAUUGUCUUUAGUGCUAGUUUGUAAAAAUACUCAAGUUUAAAAUGAAACAAAUUUUUCUAUAGUGGUCAUUGAUAUUCCAAGAAAGAAAACACAGAUAUGAAAAAUUUAAAAGUGAGAAGACUGUAGCCUACUCUGCAAGCCCAUGUUAAGAUGUGACCUGGAUGUGGGAAGCUCAGCCCUACACUCGAUAAAAGCGGUAUCGGAGCACCUGGCCGAACGCAUCAAGCUAGAACUACAACCGCCUCCCUCUGAGACCUGUACAGGCGAGGAACAGACCUGCACAGGCGUCAAGCUACAGCUGCAUUCGCCCCCAGUUUCUCUACAACCGACUCUUACUACCGCCCCCAACUGCCGCUCUCAUCUACCGCCUCCAGUAUCUACCGCCCCCACUGUGACCUGCACAGGCGGCCUGCGAGUAGAGCUGCAACCGCCUCUCACUACCGCCCCCAACUCCCGCUCUCAUCUACCGCCUCCAGUAUCUACCGCCUCCACUGUGAUCAGCACAGGCGGCCUGCGAGUAGAGCUGCAACCGCCUCUCACUACCGCCCCCAACUGCCGCUCCCAGCUUCCGCCUCCAGCUACCGCAUCCGUGACUAGGACGGUGGCUCAAAUUCCCGCCUCCUAUGCGGCCCCCACUUCCGCCUCCUCUGCCGCCCCUCUGCCCCCCCAGAACACAAUGAACAACAACCUGAUGUUUCGCAGCAUGUUCUUUAUGAACGAUGAGGCGCGUCACUUCCUCGCCCCCGCCCUACCCAUUCCGCACGCCGAGAGCGACUAUUUCCAGAAGAAGGUGCAAACGACUUCAACGGCCACGCAGGACGCACAGGUCGGUCCGGGGCCUCCGCAACAACAACAGCAACCUCCUCAGCAACAACAGCAGCAGCAGCAACAACAACAACAACAGCAGGUGGACAAAGAGACGUCGACUAUGCCGAUCACACUGCCCAAGUCCCGGCCCCACACUUGUGACGAGUGCGGCAAGUCCUUCCUCAUGAAACACCAUCUGGCAACGCAUAUGCGGGUGCACACUGGUAUUCCUGAGGUCUUGUUAAAUUUUCCAUUCACUAUGAAAAAGAAGAAAAUUUCCUACACAGGGGAGAGGCCCCAUGUGUGUCCAGAAUGUGGGAAAAGUUUUGCCCUGAAACAUUGUCUGAGCACCCAUUUACUACUACACAGCGCUGACCGACCCUACAAAUGUCCAGAGUGCAGUAAAACAUUCACACUCAAACACCAUCUGGUGAGCCAUGAACGAGUGCACACCAGAGACAGACCGUUCGAAUGCCCCGAAUGUGGAAGGAGGUUUCCCCAGAAACGGCAUCUCACCACCCACAUCAAGUUCCACUCGGGGGAGCGACCCUUCUCCUGUCCGGUGUGCGGCGAAUCGUUCUCACGCGAAGAACACCUAGUGAUGCAUUCGCGCUUCCACGGCGGCCAGCGGCCGUUCGCGUGUCCCGACUGCGGCGCCGGAUUCCUGCGCAAAUUCGAACUGGUCAACCACGAGCGGCAACAUGGUCGCAACCCUGAGUCGUGUCCCGCUUGCGGCAAGGAGUUCCUACAGAAGCGGACUCUGUUGGUGCAUAUUCGCACCUGCGGUCUGCCGCCGUCUGUGACGUCUGCAUCUGUGCAGCAGCAGCAGCAGCAGACGGCGACGGAGACGCCCAGCGGAUAUCUCACCGCCAACGCGGCUACUUCCACUCAACCUAACAAGACUUGCAAAGAGUGCGGCGAAACGUUUGCGAGCAUGGAAGGGCUGGCCCUUCACUUGAGGCUACACGUUGGUGAUCACAGCUUCCUUUCGGACAUCUGUAGUCUGGCGGCAACCCUCAAACAGUCCGCCAUGACUGCUGCAGUACUAGGUGGCAACAAGAAGCCGCACAUCUGCAGCGACUGUGGUCGCGGCUUCAGUCAGAAGCACGGCCUGUUCAGCACAGACAGCGGCACGCGGAUGCAAGCUGCAAGCUCAAGCCAUUCGCUUGCGACAAGUGCGGCAAAUGCUUUGCACAGAAGAACCACCUCUACCUGCACGAACGUCAACAUAUGGACAAGCCCUUUGAGCCGCGCAACAAUCAGGUUCAACAACAGCAACAGGCACAACAGCAGCAGCAACAACAACAACAGCAACAACAGAUGCUACAACAACAACAACAGCAGCAACAAGGUGAAAGUGGAACACCAGACCAGAAUGCCACCGGAAAUGGACCACCGACAUCACACAGAGCAGUUGCCGCCUGGGGGAGCCGACAACCGCCUCCAGAUGGGCGGCGGGCCCGUGUCACUGAUACGCCAAGGGGCGCCCAUGGAUCAGCACCGCCACCAGAUGGACAUCCUCCAUCACCCGCCCCAAGACGAGCAGGCAUCCACUUCCAGUUGCCAUGUCAAGGCUAACGGUCCGUUCUGAGCGGUCAGGUUCGCUUCGUCUAUGUUUCAGUUGAUCUAGAUUCUAGGCUACCAUCGUAUAUUAUGUGCGUGUGAAUAAAAAUAGAAAUCUGAGUACAAUUUUUAAACUGUUUACUCACAAAAGUUGAGAGUAAUAAUAAUAAUAAUCAUCAUCAUCAUCAUUUUAUUUGUUCAAGAGCCUUGGCUCAUACAAAUUGGCUGUACAUUUUCAAUUCAAAAGUAACAAUGAAAAAGUAAUACUAUAGAGAAACAUUAGCGUAAGUAGAUAUCCCAUGGUAAAAUGACUUUAUGUCGCAACUUUUACUGUUAUCUCAAGCCGAUUAUUGUC